UAGUGUUGAACGUUUCUUUAUUGUCUUUUCCUCAGAAACUUUUUAUAUCUUCUCUAUGACAUUGACAAGUGACAGUUCUCAAUUCAAAAUCGUGACAACUUCAUACAUCUACUGUUACAAACUUCUGUCGUCAGUUGACAGUUUUGUAGUGUUAUGAGUUCGGGCUGGUGCUAGUCCUUAGUCGUAUUUCGUUUACUUUUACACAGAGUGACCUGGUCGGCGUCAUGUUGUUUAUUUAGUGCCUUUAUAAGUUAAAGUAGUAAUACAAGCAUGUAAAGUUCAUCUAUUUGAUGAUAAAUUUAGUUUUUCGUGCAAUAUGUUCCGAAGAACUUCAAGUGUGAAAAUGUUUGAUUGUGGUUGCAUUAAAGUGUGCUGGCUCGUGUUUUGCUCAAUAUUAAUAGCCCUGACAAAGGAUAGCGCCGAUGCCCAUGGAAUAAGAUCCCCCGCGCCAGAGUUUAGCCGGCACAGACUCGUACGACCGAUCAUCCAGCAUGCGAGGACUAAGAGGGAGAUAACAUCGACCAGACACACGGAAGGCAUCCAUCAUCCAGAGCUGGUUAUGAAGAUGAACUUUGAUGGUCGCGAGCACGUCCUUGACUUGAGACUGAACGAGGAUCUCAUUACCAAGGAUCAUGUGAUAGCAUACCAGAAGGAUGGGGAGACGGUGAUACACCGACCUACAUUGAAGGAGCUCGACAUAUGCCAGUACUCUGGCAAGGUGAGGGACAAGAAAGACUCGUGGGUCGCCGUGUCCACAUGCGACGGAGUGAGGGGGAUCAUUCACGAUGGACAGACAAUGAGAUAUAUAGAACCAGCCGAUAGAAACGAAAUCGACUCUCAGCACUAUCUUUACGAGCACUCGGAUCUGAACACCGACUUCCACUGCGGGUACAGCGGAGGCAUCACUACCAAUGACACGUACGACCCCGAGCUCAUGAAGCGACACAUGCAUAGCAGGAACAUGGAGAAGAGCAGAAUAAGUCGGUACAAACGUGAUGCGUACGAGGACACAGAGGUGAGGGGUCCGUUCAAGGUCAACAAACUGUCCCGCUUCGUGGAGUUGGUGCUCGUGGCCGACAACAGAGAGUUCAGAGCCAACGGGGAGAGCAAGGAAACGGUGCACAGACAGCUCAAGGACGUCGCUAAUAUUAUUAAUUCUGUGUACACCCCGCUUAAUAUCUUCAUAGCGCUAGUGGGUGUUGUCGUGUGGAACGAAAGAGACGAAAUACGGUUAGAGGAGGACGGAGAUAAAACUCUCACUGAGUUCCUACAUUACAGGAAAAGGCUGCUCCCUGUCAUGCCCAACGACAACGCACACCUGUUAACCCGUCAGAAAUUUAAAGAUGGCGUCGUGGGGAAGGCUCUAAAAGGGCCGAUAUGUACGUACAAUUUCUCUGGUGGUGUCGCCACAAACCAUUCGGAGGUGAUCGGUCUGGUGGCGACCACUAUAGCCCACGAGAUGGGCCACAACUUUGGCAUGGAACACGACACUGAGGCCGACUGCGAGUGUCCCGAUGAGAAGUGCAUCAUGAGCCCCUCCAGUACGUCGGUCACCCCUACCAAAUGGUCGUCCUGCAGCUUGAGAUCACUCGCGCUGGCGUUCGAGAGAGGCAUGGAUUACUGUCUGCGUAAUAAACCAAAGCGUCUAUUCGAGCCUUCCACUUGCGGCAACGGAUUCAUUGAACCCGGCGAGCAGUGUGAUUGUGGCCUGGCGGGCGAUCCAGCCUGCACUGCUUGCUGUGACCCGCGGGCGUGCGUGUUACGCUCUAACGCGACCUGCGCGGCGGGAGAGUGCUGUGAUACAACGACUUGUCGUCCGAAGCCGGCGGGGACGGUGUGCAGGGCGGCCGACAAGGAGUGUGAUCUGGCGGAGUACUGCAGCGGACACUCGGAGUACUGUCCGCGGGAUGUGUACAAGAUGGACGCCACCCCUUGUGGGGGAGGGAAAGCGUACUGUGCGGGCGGGUCUUGUCGGACCCACACGGAUCAAUGCCGACUUCUCUGGGGUUUCUCCGGAGAGAACUCGGACGUUCAAUGUUACACCAACUCUAAUACUAAAGGGGAUAGGAAGGGUAACUGCGGCUACCAUCGCGAAGACCCGCCCGUCUACUACAAAUGUUCUAAAGAAGAUUCUCUCUGCGGUCUGCUGCAGUGUCGCCAUCUCAAUGAAAGACUCGAAUUCGGCAUGGAGUCCGUGUCUACACUGUCAGCUGUCUUCAUUAAUAAUAACGGCACGAUAAUUCCCUGCCGCACGGCCAUGGUCGACAUGGGCACGAGCGAUCCCGACCCGGGCUUCGUACCAGACGGCGCGAAAUGUGGAGACGAUAAAAUGUGCAUGAAACAUAGAUGCGUUUCAAUAGCGGAAGUGACGUCAGAGAUCGCUCGGAAAGAAACAUCCGUCUGUCCGUCCAACUGUUCGGGCCAUGGAGUGUGUAACUCAGAAGGACAUUGUCACUGCGACUCGGGAUUCGCCCCUCCACUGUGUGAGCUCCCCGGGCCGGGAGGUUCCGUGGACUCCGGACCAGCCACUGACGCUUCAAUUCAACGGAACUUCAUGGUCGCUAUGUACAUAAUCUUCCUGGGCAUCCUGCCGUCCGUGCUGCUGGUGAUGCUGCUCAUGUACUACUCGCGUCACAACGUGCUGCUGUGCUGGAAGAAACCCAAAAAAUCUGUACAAUCGCCAAAGAAGAACAGCUUGCAGCGUCGCCUGUCGCGAAGUGCGACGAAAUUUGCUGCAAAUUUCCAAAAUAAUUCACAAAACAACGCCCAGCCCGUCAACGUUCAUACUCUGUCGAACUCUGACGACAUGAGCUCCAGCCUCCUCAGAAGUGAUUCCGAUCAUAGCCCUUCAGGCAACAUAAACCCCUCGGUAAAUUUCUUCGGAAACUUCAAAGGAUUCUCACUCACCCCGAUGGAUAAGAACUCACAAAACGAAACUGAUGUCAAAGAUAAAAAAGAUAAUGUACAGAAAAGCGCCAAAAUCACACCCGUGCAUCGAAGCGGUAGCAACAGUCAGAAUAUAGCACAGGGAUCGAAGCCAAUACUGAGAUCAGCACCACCGCUGCCUGUGGUUCCGAACACGGCUAAACUAAGCCCGAAAACAAGCCCAUCUAUCAAAAGAACGAACAGCUCCGUUCAGAAUCGCAUUAAAGCUUUCAUGGGAACGGAAAAGGCUGAAGAAAUACCCGUGAACACAGCUCCGAGACCGACAAUAUCUAGUCCCAUUCUGGAAGCAUCGACGUGUACAGCGAAAGAACUCAUCUCUCCUCUCCAGGGUUCCAAAACCUUGGGUCCUGUCCGCGCCGCUCCUACCGUUCCUAACUUCUCUCCGGACUUACCGAAGAGGCCGUUAAGCAUGCACUCAGCGGGAAAUGUACCACAGAAACCACUGCCGGAAGAACCGAAGAAAGUUAAAGAAGGCAUAUCUCUCAAUAGGAUUGCGUCGUUCCUGAAACAAGAUAAACCAAAAGAAAAAGAUAGGAACCCUGUGGAGAGAAGCCAUUCGCUACCCAAAAAUGGUAACAACCAAUUAAAAGUCAAAACCGGUGAUAAAGUCGCACUGCGCAAUUUGCAAAUAUCUGGUCCUAUUUUGCAAAAGGAAAUAGAAUUACCUGUUACUACUGUCCCAGUCGUUUCGGAUUCAGAAGAAGCCGACGAUUCGAAGGCCUUCGUAAACAGAGCGCAGAGUAUGCGAGCACCUGCCAGCCAAAAGCCAGUCCUACAAAGCUUUGCAUCGAUGAGACAAGCGCCAGGUGUACCGCGGCCCUUAUCGUGUGUGGGAAGACCAACAGCGCCCCCUCCCCCGUUACCAUCACAACCGAAAAACGAAGAACAAUCCAUUUACCAAAAUCCGAAAGUGCAAAAUGACAUAAAAUCGACUGAUUAUGUUGAUUGCAUAGAGGAAAAACAGGUCCCAUUGGCGCACAUCGAUGAAGAAUCUGGGGACAAUAUUUACGCUAUCAUAGAAGAAAGUCCCGAAAAGCAUUUCAAACCGAUGCCGGGACGUCCUCCUAAAUCUACACAGGCGCCGUUCGAAGAAUACAAUGUACCAAAACCUAUUACUUCCAAUUCGGGAAGCUCUGAAAGUUUAGGUCUACUCGGAGAAAUUGUCAAUGAAAUACAAAACCGCAAUUUCGACUCCAUUUACUGCACAAAUUCUUUGGCGAGAAUGAAAGAUAAGAACAAAAGUACGGAUAGUAACAGAGAUAGCACGUACAUGAACACAGACUAUAAAAGCCCGGAGAGCGUUUACAGCAACUCUGAGACAAAAUCUAGUGCGGCCUCCACGACUAGCAGCGGCUACCUUCACCCGUCCGCCGUGAACGUACCGACUUACAUGCAAAAAGACAGCGAUGAACUAGAAAUUGAAAAGCCUCCGUCCCCCACAUUAAAAACUAAUUCGAAAAUACCUACGUUUACCAGACAAGUCACCCCGCCGGGGCUAAGAACUUUCAAAACUAUACCGCAAUCACCGAAGACGACAACGAGGAGUAAUCUCAAAACGAUUCCGAACAGUCCCGACCUGGUAUCGAGCUGUGCUGUUCCCGAAACACAGAAUGCUAAAGCUCCGGAUGUUAUAAACAAUAAUAAAACAGAACCACCUAAAUUAGCGACUAAACCGAAUACGACCAAAACGACCGAUAACCGACCCCCACUCAAACCGGUUCCGUCGGAGAAGAAACCUAACGUCAAACCAACACCGGUCCCAAAAACUAAUUCUGCCUUAAGUAUGAACAAAACAGAUAAAAAUCCUCCCCUCAACAGAACUACUUCUAAGACAGACUCCAACGUUAAGGCGAUAGCUGACAGUUUGAACAAAAAUCGACCAAAAAUUGUCCCAAAGCCUAACAACAUACAGAAGACUGAAGCUGUGAAAACAAACGCUACCAAAUUAUCAGCGAAACCGUCAAACGUUGCAAGUUUGCAGCAGAAAUUUGAAAACAGGAAGUCAUUAGGAAAAGAAAUAAGUGUCAAAAAAUAAUUACACAAAUAUAUUUAAUGAAGACAGAUCUCCUUAAGCAUCAUCUCCUGUACCGGUUAAGUGAUAUCUAAUGCAAAAUCUUUGUUUUGGUAGUAGAAAUUGUGCUUUUGUAACAAAAAAAUUAAUACAUACACAUAGGUUAGUUAGGUAGAGAAAGACUUACUCGUAAAACUAUGAAUAAAUCACAGAAAGACGGCAGCUUACACCGAAACAGGUAAAAUUUAGUAAAACAACAGACAAAUAGAAACAUGAUAAGGCUGUUUUGUGAUUUUGUACAAUGAAUCUCUGGUAAAUAAGUUGAAGUAACAAAGCGUGCUAUGUCGUCAACAAAUCUAACAGAUUAAAAAAUAUAUCUAGUCCAGUUAAUUUUAGAUGAUCAUCAAUAAUUAAUUAUAUUUAAGCGAUAACAAAAUUUCAAUUCGCAUGUGACAAUACGAUAACUUUGAUUUAUUUUCUUUUCGGCUAUGUGAUACAUUUUUCAGAGUACAUAAUGAAGAGAUUUUUUUUUUUUUUGGUAUCUAUCAGAUUGUGUGUUUGUAUUUUUAUAUGGAAUGACAUUUACUAUGUAGGUUAAAUAUAAAUGUAUAUAAUUACUUGUGAGUAUAUAAAAGUAAGGUUUAUUUGUAGGCUCAUGUAAAUAUUAUUGAUUAUUUUCAUUAGUUUUAAUUCAAUGAAGUGUCUUAAUGGUAAAUAGAAUAAAUUGAUUGGUAUUUUUAUAAAAAUGUUUAAGCAUUUGUAUAGAUAUAAACGAGUGUUGUAAGUUAAAUGUAUAAUUUUUCAUGAUAUUGUAAUGAUUCAGGAUUCCGUUAUUGGUGCUAAAUGAGUAUGUUUGUCUGUAGCUUACAUUAUAUCGAGAAGAAAUAGAAGCAUUGCAUGACGUUUGUAGAAAAAAAAAAACACAAUUCUAAAUUCAAACCUUUUUUUCAGUCAUUUAUUAUAUAUAGUAAUCAAUUGAUGUAAACAAUUUCUAUUGCUUUUUUCAUAUGGCAAAUUAAUAAAAAUAAGUACAAUUUUGAUUUAUAAUUAAGAAGAUACUAAAAAUAUCGAAAUAUCUUUAGAAUGAAUUGGUAUAAAACAUUGAAACGUCUUGUUAUGCUUCAUUUUACGCAAUAAUACAUAUAUGCUAUACGUCCAAUACCACUGCCAGCCGGUAAGAAUCGUGGUGCUUCGCAGCAAUACUUGUUGUAUAUGAGAGUCGUUUAAUUUAGAGUUUAUCAAACUUGGUUACUUUACACACUAGCACUUUAAAUACUACAACCUCAACUUUGACGCGUAAACUAUGAACGUCACAUUAAGAAGCUGAUGUGUAAAGUCACUAACGCGUCAAAUGCAUUUUACUAUUUAGCCAUUUUUACAUACACACGUAUAUUAUAAUUAACUGUUGUAUUUUAAAAUUCUCAGGUAAUUUUUCCUAGCUGUCCAUACAUAUUUUGUAUGUCUACAGAAAUGUAGAAUGUUAACCGCCUUUUUAAAUAUUUUGUGAUCACAGAUAAUAUAACAUAGAUUUUUUUAUUGGCACUAUUAGUGAUAUUUAUGCUACUUGUUAAUAGAUACAACUAUUUUUAGAUUUAAAAAUGACAGAAGGUGAGUAUGAUGGUUAUUUGUAGUCCAUUAAAUCUGGUUACCGUGUAAAUUAUGAAUGAUCAUUUCCGGCUAAGAAGUAAUUGUCCAAUUUUGUGAUAAUGUGGAUUUUAUAAAGUACAUCGAAAAAUCUGUAAAUUCGACCAAAGAAUUUUGAGGUAGUUUUUGAAUGAAGUAAAGGAAAGACACGAAUAAGAUAUUUUUUUAAUGAUUUCGUCGAGAUUAUAGACAAAAUUAUAUGCACUGAUGUAAUAAGAAUACUUUUAAUUUAUUUAGUUAACUAAAGCUUAUCGAGUAAAGUGGAGUUUAUUAUUUUAUGUAAAAUAAAUGAGAUUUGCUGAUUU